GUAAGUGCGCUCAGUCUGGAGAUGGGUUCUGUUCAUUCGUGUGUUUAUGGUACUUUAGACUGGGAUGCUCAGUCACUUUCUUACGGAACCUACGAUAAUUCGUACGCCCGUUCCAUCUUGGAUGCCUGCAUUGGAUGCACUUCAGUUACAAUUGAGCCGCGGGAAGCACAUUUCCGUCUGGAAGCAGUGGAGAAAAGAGAUGCACUUCUUGGCGAGGUGGCUACAAUACCACUGUCAUUGAUUUGUGAGGAAGACGGCCCAGUUGAUAGCAUCAGACUGGACUGGUGCUUACCUGCGAAAGAGGACACAAAAGAAGCACUGUUCUUUAUCAAUGAAGAAAAUGACUUUGUUACGAGUGAUUCGAAAAUUCUGAAAUACAACACUCCUCAGUCUCCUCCUUUUAAAGUUAGACCGAUUUUAUAA